AUGCUUCUUCAGAAAGGAGACAGCAAGCACCGCCUGAAUUCCCCAUUCAUCACGUCGCCGCACUCUCCAACCGUCGUAUCCCUCCACCUCGUGAAAAUCCUUGGUUUAAUAUCCUUAAGUGUAUUUGUAGUUCUCUUCUUGAUCUUUCAUGAUACACGGUACUCGUGGUAUGACAUAUCAACAACAAACGCCAAUGCAGCCAGAGACGAAGAACUGCGUCUCGCAUCUGCAAAAGAAUAUCUAUCAUCUCUACCAGCACCAUCACCAUUCUUACUGCCACCUGCAUUCUAUUCCCUAUGUAUCUUCAUCUUGUCUGGGCAAUCAAGGCCCCAGGAAUACCUGACACAAACCACUGCCUUCUUAUUGUCAAGAAUGGGAUCACUCCCUAGGAAUACACGGUUUGCAAUCGUCAAUGCUCACAAACCGGGGUAUGAUCAUAACGAAGCGAACGAGCUGGGACAGUACUUGACGGUUGUUGAACCUCCGAGGAGGAAUGCGACGACAUAUUGGAUUGGUCAUGAUGUAUGGCCCGACUCCGUUACGUGGUGGCAGAAGGGGACAUAUGAUUUCGCAGCUACGUUUGAUCUUGCCAAAGAGUGGAAGUGUCCUGCUACUGUAAUCUUGGAAGACGACGCCAUCGUCGAAGAGAACUUCCCACAGCGAGUCCUAUCCGGCAUAGCACCUAUACUCGACGACUCGUGCUCAUGGUCUUACGUCAAACUAUUCUGGACGUCAUACUGGUCGGGCUUUGAACUGACACCAGUCGAUAUCGCUAUAAUAUCAUCACUGUCAAUCAGCAUCGGCAUACUUGCGACUCUAAUCACACUGGAACGAUUGCGAGCGAAAGGAAAAUACAACACGCCAAUGUAUUCAGACAGAGUACGCAACGUUGCAGCCAUAGUGUUUGGAUAUUCGAGUGUUCUGAGUGUGGUAGUCUUGUUGAGCGUGGGGAAACAAAAUUGGACCAAUAUGCUGUUUGCUGAGCCGGUUGGGCUUGUGGAGUCACAUGCGAGAGCUGCUGCUGUUGGACAGGUGUACUCAUCAUGCGCUCUGGCUCCUAUGGCCGAUUUCUUGUAUGAACACGCUCUAGAUGAUCGGCCUGUAGAUUUGCUAUUUAAUGACUAUAUUGACUCAACUGGAAGCAAGAUAUAUGAACUACACCCCAACCUCGUUCAACAUAUUGGACUAUAUAGUAGCGGCAAGAAGAACAAGGGAAAUGCACACGCUAUGAAGGUAUCUUCGACAUUCAAGGGCGAUAGUGUUCAACUUUGA